AUGGCGACCGACAAGGACAAUGAGAAGAUUGUCGUUUCGCAUCAAGAGACUCUUACGCCGAGCGUCACACUGGACUACGACUAUCCCGCGAAGGAUGUUGAAGGCGAGGCGGACGUCGACUACUCCGGCGCUCACAAGAAGACUGAUCCGGCUGAGAUCGCUCUGGUGAAGAAGCUUGACAAAUACAUCAUGCCGACAUUGUGGAUAAUGUACUGGCUCAACUACCUUGAUCGCAAUGCCAUCGCCCUCGCGAAGAUUGGUUCCAUCAUGGAGGACACCGGCAUCUCAGAUGUGCAAUACCAGACCUGCGUGUCCAUCCUCUUUGUCGGCUACAUUCUCGGCCAGGUUCCCUCGAACAUGCUCAUUACUCGCCUUCGACCAUCCAUCUACAUGUCUUCCUGCAUGGCUCUCUGGGCCAUCGUCUCCGGCCUUACUGCCCUCGCAAAGGACUUCAAGGGCCUCUUCCUGACUCGAUUCUUCCUUGGACUUGUUGAAGCUCCGUACUACCCUGGUGCAUUGUACAUCCUUGGAAUCUUCUACACCCGCAAGGAGAUCGCCACGCGAAUCUCCAUCCUCUACACCGGCAACAUCCUCGCCACUGCCUUUGCCGGUCUCAUCGCAAUUGGGAUCUUCAAACUCGAUGGUACAGCUGGCUUAAGCGACUGGCGAUGGCUCUUCCUUAUCCAAGGCAUUGCCACCCUGGUCGUGGCCAUCGGUGCUGGCUUUGUCCUUCCGGACGACCCACUCACAACUCGCUGGUUGACGCCAGAAGAACGUCUGCUCGCCAAUGGCCGAAUCACCCGCGAUACAGUCGGUGCCAGCGCAGGCACUUCUUCGUGGGCCGGUCUCAAAGCAGCCGCUGCCGAUCCCAAGCUUUGGCUCUUCGCCGCUAUGCAGCACAUGCACUUGGCUGCCAACGGUUUCAAGAACUUCUUCCCUACCGCCGUCGAAUCACUCGGCUUCGAUAACCAGGACGUCACCCUUGCGCUUACAUGCCCACCAUACCUCAUCGCUGGUGCUACUUCCAUCUACUGGUCCUGGCAAUCCGGCCGCUACAACGAGCGUACUUGGCACAUCACCUCCGCGAAGGCUCUUGCUGUAGUCGGAUUCGUACUCGCUGGCACGAUCUCCAAUGUCGGCGGUCGCUACUUCUCGAUGUGCGUCUUUGCUAUUGGCACCUACGCCGUCAACUCCAUCAUCCUCGGCUGGGUCUCGGCAACAUGUGGUCAAACAAAAGAGAAGAAGGCAUCAUCCUUGGCAAUUGUCAACACCAUUGCCAACGUCUCCUUCAUCUGGACUCCAUACUUGUGGCCGGACAGCGAUGAGCCCAACUACCCGAUCGCAAUGGGCUCCAGCGCUGGCUUCUCGGUGAUCACGGCUGGUCUUGCUUGGGUGAUGAAGUUCUGGCUGAUGCGCAUCAAUCGCCGCAUGAGGCAGAGUGAGGAUGAGAGGAGUUUGGCUUUUGCUUACUAG